AUUGUAAUCAUCGAUUGGUUGGUUGAAAUUUUUAGUACCAAAUUAGCUUCCUUCCAUCAUGAUUAUGGACUUCAACAUACCCUACUAAGGAAUCAGAUUUUGUUUAGCUAUAGUGAAAUUCAAUGGGGCAUUCCGACGAUCUUUGCAACAUAGAAGGGGACGGAGAUGGGAGAAGUAAUAACGGUGCUUCUGAUGCUCCGUCAACAUCGGCGGCGACUAGCUCUGCUUACAAGUUGUUCGGCCGGGAAACCUCUUUCCACCAGAUGAUGGGCGGCGGAAAAGCUGCUGACGUUAUAUUGUGGAGGCGGAGGCGUGUCUCUUUUGGCAUCAUUGUUGCUGCUACAGUCGCAUGGAUCAUCUUUGAGUAUUCAGAGUUACCUUUCUUGUCAGUUUCUUCUGAUGUUUUACUGAUUCUGAUAGUUCUGCUCUUUCUCCGUGCGAACUAUGCAGCCUUCAGGAAGAAACAACUCCCAGCAUUACCAGAGUUAGUCUUGUCAGAAGAAAUGGUUAAUAAUGCUGCAGCAUCAUUUCGGGUCAAAAUUAAUUAUAUGCUUCUCAUGGCUCAUGAUAUCACUCUUGGCAAAGAUUUCAAACUCUUCUUCAAGGUAGUUAUUGUUCUGUGGCUUCUAUCUGUCAUAGGAAGCGUAAUAUCUUUCUUCACACUUGCAUAUAUUGGAACGAUAAUAUUCAUUACUGUGCCUGCCUUGUAUAAUAAAUUUGAAGACCAAGUGGAUCGAUAUGCUGGAAAGAUCCACAGGCAAUUUUCAAGGCACUACAAAAUAGUGGAUGAGAGCAUUAGCAGGCUGCCCCGGAGUAUCUCCAAGGACAAAGAACUAUAGAGUCUUCUUUUACCAAGUAGGAGCAUGUUGAUUUGCAUGAGACAAACCUUUUAGGUGUGCAUUCCUUUGAUCCUGAUUCUCCUUUUCCAUAGAAUGAGGAUGAUCUGGAAAUCUUUCCUGUUUCCAAACUUCAGUUUGGAUUUUCAGAAUUAAGCUAACAAUGGCAAUUGUCACCGACUCUCACCAUCUACGCUGUCCUUGUGGCAGGUGUUACAUAGUACAGAUUUUUGUAAACAGCUUGUAUUUUUUGUGUGUUGUUGUUGAAAUGUUAACAUCUCGGAUAGAUAACUCUUUUUUUUACAAGUUUAACAAGCACUUCAAAAAAUGAA